AAUUUUAAUGUGUGUGUUGGCUUUUGUAUACUGGAAGGAGGUAUCUAAACUCGUGAUUUAUCUGCAAAUUAAUCAAUUUAAUUAUUGAAACAGUUAAUCAAUGCACUAAGACAAAAGAUCCAAUGGAUAAUCACUGGCACUGAAUUGAUUAAGGUACGUACAAAUGUGAUUCAAGGGCUGGCUUAUUUUUUAAUUUACCGGCUUCUGUUGAUUUUCAGUUUAGCGAUGAUUUACUUUAAAAAUUUUGGUAUAAAAGUAAUCGACACUUGUUUCAAUUUCAUCAGAACCAAUUCGAUCUUAAACAGUUAAACAUCUCAAGUUAAACAACAGUCAAUAUAACAUUUUGUCCAAUUGUGCAUUUAUCGUGUUUACAAGCUCUUAAUAAUUUCUGUAUUUCAAACUCCAAUCAUGUCUAAAUUUGUUUUCAUAUGUUUUGCCAGCGCAAUAGUGUUCAUCUUGCUCAUCAACCUGGAAUCUACUUCAGCAACUGACCACGGACAUGAACACGGAGGUGGCCACAGUAACAUCUUUCGUAAACAAGAGUCAACCAAGGGACAUUCACAUUACGCUUUUGGUUAUGACAUUAAAGACCCUUGGGGAGCUAGCAAUUUCCGUAAGGAAAAGGGUGAUUUUACCAAGAAAGGAGGUUGGGUUGAAGGUGUUUAUGGGUUAAAGGAUAAAGAUGGACGUGCUCGAUUAGUUAAAUAUAUUGCUGACAAGAAUGGUUUCCAAGCUGCCAUAAAAACCAAUGAACCUGGAACCAGUGAUGCUGAUGCAGCUGAUGCAGCCUACAAUGGAGCUGAUGGAAGCAAGGGAAAGUGGAGUUAUGAUGUUUCCGUUAAGGACAGCGGUAAAUCAAAGGGUAAAGACUCAUGGAGUGCGGCUGCCUCUGAGUUGAAUAUUUUCCGAAUCAAGCCUAGUCAAUCAGAGGAAUAUGUUCAAGAACCAGCAUCUUCUGGGGAUGAUUAUGAUUCUGGUUAUGAAGGCAGAGCAGCCCCUGAAUACGAAUAUGAACCUCAAGCUAAACAAGCUGAAGUUAAAAAGUUGAAACUCUACUUGAAACCCCAAUAUGAUUACUAUUAUGGAUCACCAGCUGAAGAAAGUGUUUAAUUUGUCAUCAUCAACCUCAUCUUAAUGUAUUAUUAUCGUUACUAUUCAAUUGUUAUCAAAUCUAUUCAUCAUUAUUUUGAUUCUCAUUUCAAAAUUUUCUUUUAAUUCAAGGCUUUUUGGUUUCCUUUUAUACCAAUGUAAAAGCUCGUUUAAUUUGCCUGUUAAAAGAUCAAUAUUUAUUUAACAUUUCGAAAAAUAAUUUAUCAAUCUCUGCUAAAUAUGUAAUUAAUAAUAUUCAAUAAAUUUUUCAACCUAA